CCAACUCUCGCCCCAUCAACAUCAUGAAGGUGACCGUCGCCGUGUGUCUCCUGGCCGUGGCUGGGGCAGCACUCGCUCGCCCACAGUACGGACACGGGCCACCUAUCGCCUACAGGCCAGCGCCUUCCUAUAACGAGGUGCCCCGCUACGCCUUCGACUACGGCGUGCAGGACAACUACGGCAACAACUACGGCCACCAGGAGAGUCGCGACGGCUACGACACCAAGGGCUCCUACUACGUGCAGCUGCCCGACGGCCGCCUGCAGCGCGUCAACUAUUACGUCAACGGCGACUCGGGCUUCGUGGCGGAGGUCACCUACGAGGGAGAGGCGCGCUACCCAGCCUACAGCCCAGCCCCAGCCUACCGACCCGCUCCAGCCUAUAGCCCCGCACCAGCCUAUAGCCCCGCCCCGCACUACGGCUGAACAGACCCACCACCCACCACCCACCACCCAACCCCCAUCACCCCUCGCCCAGAUUGUCCCCGCCAAUCAAACGCAGCGCACAAAGGCGUCUCUGCAAUAACUGACAUAUUCGAAUGUAUAUAUUUUUGUACAAGAUACUGGCGAAUAAAAUGCGUAUGAUCCAUUGACGUGAUGCCAAAACACCA